ACCAGCCAGUUCACUGAUGUGACAGACGUCGUGAUCGGCCUGGGCCGCGUGUUCGUCCUGUCCCGCGGCGGUGCGGACGGCAACAGUGUCCUCUUCGAACUUCGGGAGAAGCCGCUGGAAGAGCGACUAGAUGUACUCGUGAGGAAGCGGAUGUUCGAGUGGGCGGCAGAGGUGGCCUUGUCUUGCAGUGCCGCGCCAGAGGUGACUGCCGACAUCUACCGGCAGCACGGCGAUGCACUCUUCGAAAAGAGAGCCUAUGAUCAGGCUUUGGGGGUCUACGUGAAGACCGUGGAGUUGGGCCUUCCACUGGAGCCAUCUUAUGUCGUGGAGAGAUACCUGGAUGCCCAGAGAAUCGGCCAUGUUGCGCAAUACCUCAAGAAGCUGCACGAGAAGGACAUGGCUGAACCAGAGCACACGGCGCUCCUUCUCAAAUGCUAUACCAAGCUCAAAGAUUUCACCACGCUGGAGGAGUUUCUGAAAACCACACCACCUUCUCAGUACGAUCAUGCGACCGCCAUCGAGGUGUUGGAGUCGGCAGCAUACCACGGGCUGGCUGCAGAAGUGGCUCAAAAGGUGGGCAGUCAUGACGACUUUGUGCGAAUCUCCUUGGAGCAGUUCAAAAACUACGGCACAACAGUCCAGUUCUUGCACUCCUUACCUCGCGUCGAGGCAGGAAGAAUACUGCUCAACUAUGGGCGGACGCUCAUGCGCCACGCACCUAAGGAGACAGUGAAACUAAUUCGUCACGUGUGCAACCUUCGCGGCCAGCCGAUGGAUGGCCAGGCACUCCAAGCUGAGAGCCAAGGUCCGACGGUUGACGAGCUGUUGCCGGUCUUUGCUGACGACCUGCAACAGCUAGAGGUCUUCCUCCGCUCCGUCUUGGUGGAUGAUGGCUGCCAGCUGCCGCAAGCCCAGGCAGAGCGGCUGUUUCCGACACUCCUGGAGUUGUUGGUGAAGUCGCAUAGCUCUCUGCACGCAGAUGGAAACAUCCCUGCCGAGAAACAGGAGAUGGCCAGCUGCAUAGCGGCAGACAUCAUGCGGCUAAUCCGGCAGUAUCCCAGCGAUGCUGCUUUAGCCAACACCUUGAUGGUCUGCCAGGCGUUCGGCUUUGUGGACGGCUUCUUCCAUGCUGCGGAGAGAUUGCACCGACACCAGCUCCUGAUGCAAUGGUGCUUUGAGCACAAGGAUGCAAAGCGUCUCCUGGAAGUCUGCAAGCGCUACGGCCCGGCUGACCAAAGUCUCUGGGUGCAGGCGCUAUCCUUCCUAGCCUCCCCGGAGAGCGGAGGAGGGCACCUCGAGGAGAUGGGCGAAGUUCUGCGGCACAUCGAGGACAGUGAUCUCAUGCCACUUCUGCUCGUCAUCGAGACCCUCCGCUCAAGCAACGAGGUGACCAUCGGUGACGUCCGUCCAUACUUGCAGGCCCAGUAUCGUCGGCUUGUCGAGUCUGCGGAGACGUCCCGGGCUAAAUCGACUCAGGAUCGUCAGGAGAUUGCUCGCAUGCAGCAGGAGAUCAUCCAGCUCCGAACGCAGGCCAAAGAGUUCCAGAACACUCGAUGCUUCCAGUGUGGUUUGACGCUGGAAGUCCCUGCUGUGCACUUCUUCUGUGGUCAUUCGUAUCACGCUUACUGCGUGCCACCGGAUGGCACCUGUCCGAAGUGCUCUUCGGGAGCUCUUCCGAAGCUUUCACUCAAGGAGCAGCGAGAAGCUCAGGCAAGAAAUGCGGAGGACUUCUUCAAGUACCUUCAGGGUGGAGCCGGUGACAGCGGCAUACAGGCGAUGGGAGAGUGGUGCCUCGGCAUCUAUACUUGUACUGAAAAUACUUAUCCUGACACUCUUGAUGCAGAAGCUGAAUGCAUCUGA